GGCCAGACGUGCACAGUGCACCGGAGCACACUAUUGCUGACCAUCUGGGAUCCACUUCCUAUUGGAGCGCUGGACUCGGUGCACACUUAAAUGGAACUGGACUGCCCUGGAUUUGCACACAUACAGAGUGGGAGUAUAUAGAGGGACACAGGGGUUUGUACAAGGACGUGAAGAUGGAGAAUCACCGGCCCCUCACAUCACUGGAUGGAUCCAGUAACAGAAAAAUCCUAGAGACAUAUCCCCAUACUCUAUAUUCACAGGAUUGUACAGAGGAAACUUGCAGUAUCCCACAGGAGGAUCAGGGUGAAGCCAGGAAUAAUAUUAAGGUAGAGAAUAUCGAAGGAGAAGAAAAGUAUGUGAUUGGUGUCCAGGAGUAUAAGGAGGAGGAAACUUCUACAGAUGUCAGCACAGAUUGGUCCAGUAACAGGAGUACCCCAGAGAGAUGUCCCCGUCCUCUUUAUUCCCAGGAUCAUGCAGAGGAGAGUCACAGUGUCCCACAGGAGGAUCAGGGGGAAUACUUGUCUGAUCUUAAAGUAGAAGAUAUAAAAGAGGAAGAAGAGACGUAUGUGAGGAGUGAUCAGCAGUGUAAGGAGGAGGAAAUCCCUACAGAUAUCAGCACAGAUGGGGCCAGUAACAGGAAUACCCCAGAGAGAUGUCCCCGUCCUCUGUAUUCCCAGGACCAUACAGAGGAGAAUCACAGUGUCCUACUGGAGGAUCAGGGGGAGACGAGCAUGCCUAGCGCUGAGGAGGCGGCGGAGCCACUUGAUGAUUCUCAUGUUGAGAGUAAUGAGGCAUCCACCCUUCGCACGAAGACCAAGACCGGGCGGAAUGUUAAGUUCACUUAUCAGGAGAACAUUGCCUUAGUGACUGAAGUGAUGAAGUCACAGAAGAUGCUAUUUGGACGCCAGGCUGCCCGCACUACAGCGCAACGUAAAUCAGCCAUUUGGGCGGGGGUUGUGGAGGCAGUGAACGCCAAAGGCCACGUCCGACGCAAUGAAGAAACUUGUAAGAAAAGAUUCUCGGACAUCAAAAGAAGAGUCAAGCUGAAGAUGGCCAAGGAGUCCAGGAUCGCACGCCAGACGGGUGUUGGCUUUCCUCACCAGGUUACUUAUCUGAAGCAUGAGGUGCCCUUGAAGCAGAUAAUCCCUCCAGAGGUCAUCGCCCGCUUGCAAGUGAUUGACACCGAUGCCCCCAGGCGGCCUGCACAUCAGAGACAGCGCAGAAGGCAGCUAGAGGAUAAGGACGAGGAGGAGGCAGGUCCAUCAUCUGCAGCACCUCUUAGACGCUCGGCAGCUGUAGAGGCUCCAAGGAUUUCUCUGGCGGCUUCAGGGAAGACUUGCGGCUCUCGUUCGCCACAUCUUGUUGGUUCUGGAGACAAAGAAACUGAACAUUUGGAUCCAGUCCCAGAUAUGGAACCUGUAGAAGCAGAAGAGAGGAUUACGCUACAAAUAUACCCCUUGACCCAACCAAUGCCAGCCACCCCCACAGUAGAAACACCACAACCCCAAAUAAGCCCUAGCCCUCCUCCUUCCCAACCAGACAGUGCGUUUUGGCAUACGUUGUCUGAUUUCCAGACUCGGCAGCUGUCCCUCCUCACAACCCAAGUGCGCCAACUGUCUAACCUUAGUAAGUGCGCACACAGACGCAAUCGCGGCAUGACCGCGCUAACGGCAGAAGUUACCAGAGUGGCAAACAACCUUGACCAAAUCAGGGACUCCAGUAAUAGGUUCCAGGACACCUUCUUAAGGAUGAUUGAUUCACAGACCAAUGCUGCUCGGGAUCUGAACGCAACAAUUUUGAGUUUGGGUACGCAACUUUUGGCCCGCUUACCUGAUGCUAACUCAGGCGCAUCUCCCAACGGCACGACACACACCGCUACACCUGUAGCCACACCACAGAGACGGACAGUCCGCACUAGAGGUGGUGCACAGCAACGCAGCUCCGGCAGGGAAGCACCUAGGUGACGGCAGUGCGGCAAAAAAAAAAAAUAAAGCAAAAAAGAUUUUUUUUUAUACGUUAAUCAAAAAAAAACUUUUGAAAUGUCUGUAAAUAUUUCUAUACUUUAAUUACUUGACAAGUUUUGUACUUGCAUAAUGUUUGGUUGUGUAUUUCUACACAUUAUUGACCUUGCAAGAUAUAUAUUUGUAUAAUGUUUGG